AGUCGUUCAAGUCCUCUCACGCUGUCCGAGUUCGGGACGAUCUUGCACAGAGAUGGAUGGCAGUCAACAUCCUGGCGGAGUGGAUGCCAGUGAUGGGACGCACACUUUGGGGGGCAGGGACACAUUUCCCUUCGUCCAACCUAGUAUGGUACUCAGAGGGGAUGCUGGCGAGGACAGCCUGGCUGCAGUGAGGACGCAGUUGUUCCUUUGUGCCACUGCUGCUGACAACGCUCUCUCUGGAAGGCCUGAGCAUGUGGAUCGACAACUGUCUUCGCAAUCGUCGGCAAUUCUUUUCGCAGCAAGUGUUGGAGACGCAAGUCCACAUCCUAUCACAGCAUCACGUGUAAUUGCCGCCGCAUCGCCACCUGUCAUCACAGCUGGACCUGUUGUGCAUGACGUCACUGCCUCCUCCAUUCGUGCAGGCAGUCGCGACAGCAUCAACCCUCAUCGUUAUGGCAUUCAUGGCAUUGCGCGAGUGGAACCUCCUCACCUGACGACCCGAUUGGUUCAUGCGACUGGAAUGGAGAUGGACAUGUGUCCACCUCUUCUGGCACCCAUUCAUUUGCCACCACUUCACCCUUCCACAGUUGUCCCUUCCCAUAUCAUGCCCACUCGCUACAUGGAAUCAUCUCCAGCACUCAUUGUUCCGUCGGUUGCAGCUGAGCAACGUACGAGCACACCAUCGACCCCGUUGUCUCAUUCCUCACCACAUUUGCAUCCGCAACAUUGCAUCACAACCCACCCAAGCUCUCAUCACUCGCCCUUGACGUCUAAUCCUGUGCACUCAUCAGCGACAGUCAGUGGCAUCGAUAUUCCAAUCCUGUCGUCAUCUUCUUCGAGUGAUCUGUCACUCUCACCAACCAUGCCACCAAAGCUUGACGGAACAUCUCAUCCCCGAGCAUGCGGCUCUGGUGAUGCAUUCCGUUCCUCGGCGCAGGACUGUGUUGAUGAUGAGGUGUUGGCGCCUGCAGUAGGGGAAGUGUUUGGCCCCACUGGCAGGGAUCAUAUUGCGGGGGACAAGCCUUGUAGUCAGGAGGUGAACUGCUCAGCGGGGUCGCGGACGGAGGAGAAUCCUGCUGCUAAGGAUGUCAAAUCAACGGCGGGGGUGUGCGUGGACGGAGGAGAUCCUGCUGCUAUGAAUGUUAAAAGUCCUGUGGUGAAACGGACAGCGCCGAAAGGGAAAUGGGGGGAAGAGGAGACUAUCUUUCUUAUGAAGAUACGUUCAGAACAACUCGCAGAGAAAGCAAAGGACUCUGAGAGGAAGGGGGCAGCGAAGUCCAACACGAAGGUUUGGGAUGAGAUAUCUGCGUUGUUGAAGAGGGAAGGUUCCAAUCGCGAGCCUGAAGAAUGCCAGAGGAGGUUCAACACCGUGGGGAGGUGGUUCAACCGUGUGAAAGACAAUAACGACAGGAGUGGUUUGCUAAGCUAUUGGAAAAUGAGUCCAUCUCAAAGGGUCGGUGCUAAUCUCAAUUUCAACAUGAGGAGAACAUGGUACGAUGUACUCGCUCCGUAUAACAAGCACAGCCAAACUGCCAAUCCCACUCAUUUGGUUGACACGGGGUUGGAGGAGGAGGCGCAGACCUCGGCGGCUGUUGCUGUUCCAGAGGGGGUGGUGGGCGGUGAAGUGCGGCCCCAAGUGCCGCCUCAAGCUCCUGUAAAUGCGGGUGGUGACGAGCGUGCAAUGGGGGGAGGGAGCGGAGGAUCAUCUGAUAACCAUGGCGGAGGCCAUGGUGCUGGAUCCUCGACGGUGACGGGUGUGACUCCGACAACCUCUUUUCAGCAAACGGCGGAAGAACGUGAAUGUGAGGGAGCAGUCCUUGGCCGGAGUGACAUGUGCGAUGAAGGAACACACGGAUGCUUUGCGUGUUUCGGCAUCGGAGCAGAGCAAGUCCAACAAGGAUUGCACGGAGCUGCACUGCGAUACGCUGGGUCGACUUUGUGAGUGCGAUGACGUGUGCUGUGAUGCGCGAGGACAUCCUCUCACGGGACAGACAAACUGCAGGGAUGGGCGAUGGUUAUGCUCUACUAG